GACGUCGCACAGUGCACGUGCACGUCGUGCCGCGGCGGAGUCCACCCGGUGGACAGGCGGGCAGCGGGGAACAUCUCGUCCACCCUGGACGCGCUGCUGGCCCCGGGGAAGUACGACAAGAGGAUCCGGCCCGAGCUUGGCGGUCCGCCGACCCUGGUCACCGUCAGCAUCUACAUCAAGAGCAUGAGCUCCGUGUCGGAGACGGACGAGAAAUACUCGAUGGACACGUACUUCCGGCAGUCCUGGUUCGACCCCCGGCUCCGCUUCUCGCUGCCCGGUAUCGACGAGUUCUCCAUGUCGUGGCUGUUCCUGGACCGCGUGUGGAAGCCGGACACGUACAUCGUCAACGGCCACCGCUCGUACCUGCACCGCAUCACCGUGCCCAACAAGUUCGCCCGGGUGCGCUCCGACGGCUUCGUCACCUACUCCAUGAGGCUCACCCUCCAGGCCAACUGCCCGAUGCACCUGCGAAAGUUCCCGCUCGACUCUCAGCGGUGCCCGCUCCUCAUCGGGAGCUACGGGUACACCGCGUCGGACAUCCUGUACGCGUGGCACCCCACCGGCGUGGGCCUGGAGCCGGGCGUGGAGCUGGCGCAGUACGACCUGGUCAACAUCACCACCGUCAACGCGCAGCUCAUCCGCAGGGGAGCGGAUGAGUACUCCAUGAUCUCGGCCUCCUUCAACCUCAAGAGGAACACGGGGUACUACACGCUGCAGGUGUUCGUGCCGUGCGGGCUCAUCGUGUGCUCCUCCUGGGUCAGCUUCUGGAUCGACCCCGACGCCGUGCCCGCCAGGGUGUCGCUGGCGGUGACGACGGUCCUGUCCAUGACGACGAUGGGCUUCGGCGGCCGCGCCUCCAUGCCGCGCGUCAACUACGCCACGGCGCUGGACUGGUUCGUCAUCAUGUGCUUCGCCUUCGUGUUCGCCGUCAUGCUGGAGUACGCCGCCAUCAACUUCAUCGACAAGGUGACGGAGGACCUGCGCCGCCUGUUGGAGGAGCGGAAGAAGAAGAGGACGAGCGUGGCGAGCGCCGCCAAGGUGGAGCCGCCACCCGCAGACGGUCGCGCUGGUCCCAGUGCCGGACAGCGGUCCCGGACGCCGUCCCUGGCCGCGGGAGUCGCUGGUGACGCGAGCGACUGCGACUCCGUCUACGCCCAGCCUGCUCCGCUCGCACCUCUGGCGUCCCCCGGACAUGCGACGUCCCCGACGACGACACAGGGAGAGGGCGUCGAGGACGCCGUCGUCACUUCGAGAGCGGCCCCGCUUGUCGUGAACACAGCCUCAAUUCCAAACCCCAGCCAGCCCCCUUCCUCCACGGACGAGAUCGAGUACGCCGACGACGCCGUCCUUUCCGAGGUCGUCGACGUCCUUACCGAGGUCGUGGAGGUCCUCGCCGCCAGCACCGGCAACGCGGUCGGCGCGGACUGCGCGAUCCGCAUCGAGGUGGACGAGGUGGCCAUGGUGCAGCUCGCGGUCCCCGACGUCCCCGACGCGGACGGGGGAAGUCCGAGCGGGCCCAGCGCCACGUUGCGCAGGUCCCCUUCUCUGCGGCGCUGCCUCUCGGCGCCGUACCGCCUGUGGGAACAGGCGCGCUUCCUGCCCAACGAGGAGGACGUCACCAAGCUCAUGCAGAGCGACGAGGAGCCGGACAAGUUCUCCAAAAUCGACAUCGUCUCUCGCAAAGUGUUCCCCAUCGCGUUUGGAUCAAUGUUGGUGUUCUACUACAUCAUGUAUGGCUACUACAUUUCCGACGUGGUCCCCGGAGACGAAGACAGAGUUGUCUUGUUUGACCUUGCUCGCCCACACAAGAGGGUCUCCAAGGGAAGUCCCUUGUUACCCUGAAGGGAAAUUAUGUUUUAAAUUUAAUGAUGGAACCAGCCAAAUAAAUGGUAAAAUCUA